AUGCCGCAGCAUGCCUCCACAGACUUUUCGCUUUCUCUCUUGAAGUCUUCUUCGGCUGGCCGCAAGCGCCAGGCACUCGCAGAGGCUCGGAAAAAUAAUGACCAUGUUUUCAUGGCUUUGUAUCAAGAUCGACUUUCCUACAAGGACAUGAAGGCGCUGAUAUCUGCACUUGGUCUUUCCAACUCGCCCCGUGCGCACGACAUUCUCAUGUCAUACCGCAUUCUUUCUACCCUUGAAAAAUAUCUUGAGGAGACUGACUCUUGGUCUUUCAACAUGCUCAGCAAUUAUGAGUUUCAAAAAAACGUGCGCCAGUUUGACCUUGACGUUGCAAUCGUCGUUGGUGCUCGCUCAGAACAUCUUCUUGCUGAAAUAUAUUCUUGGAAUAUCCCCAAGCUAAAAAAAACAAUCAUGGGGUUUUCUACAUAUUCCUCAGAUGACGCAACAAUUCUUACAGUUCUUGUAUUUCGUAUCCUUAACAAUUACUCUACACUUGAGUUUACUCUUCAACUUGCACUUUCUCGCGCAACUUUGAUCAAAAUUCACCAUGAAAUGUGCUCAUUAUUUACAAAAAUUCCCGGUGCAGAUGAGGACCCUCUGUAUGAUGAUCCCUAUCAUCGUCGUGAGCGUGCGAGAAACGAGUCUCUGGUAGAGGCGUACCGCCGGUUCGUCACGUCUCUUCUUUCAGAACUUGAAUCUACCCCUUUUGAAUCUGUUCAGCAAGAGCUCUUUCAAAUUGUUCGUGACUUGCGCUCAAUGUUUUACAAAUUUGCAGAUUCAAACACUUCCAAAAACUUAAAAUCCUUGGAACAGCAAAGUAACCAGACUGGACAGCCUCCUCUUUCUAAUAGCGAACCGCAAACUCCAUUAUCCCCUACUCCAUCUUCCGAUCCGUCUUUAAACAUCCCCAAAAUGACCAUUCCUGAAAACCUUGCAGCCAACGAUAUUAAUAAUAAUAACAAUAAUUCUAACACCACUAAACAACCUAGUGCUAAGAAUCCCACUGACAUCCACCCGGAACCACAUUUUGACAACAACUACAAGCAGCAAAAAAAUAAUAAUAAUAUUCCUGAUCCGACUGCUUCAAAGAAAAUGGACACUCCUCCUCUUUCUGAUUCUUCCCGCAGCACACUUAAUUCCUUUUUUGGAUCCUCCAUUCCUACAUCAACAUCUUCAAGCUUCCUCUCAGGCAGCACAACACGUGCUAAAAAGACUUCUCGUCGCAAAACCUCAGGCUCAAGCUCAUCGGUUGUCUCCAGUUUAUCUGAAGAGCUCCCCAAUAUGCUUCAAGCUUUUGAACUUGCACGGAGACGAGAAGAAUAUUUUAAACAGCAUCAACAACAAUUCAGUUCUCCUCCAGGAACCCCAUCUACAUCAACCACUUCUGAUCAUGACCCACUAAAAACACCAACUUCCUCUACAACUUCGGAUAACAUAUUUUCACCUGAGUCUUCGACAACCUCUUACUUUACAUCUCCUACACAAAGCUCAUACGGUCCCGAGCUCUCUUCUAACUCCAACUCUAGUUCCAACCCCACCUCUUCUUCCUCAUCAUCCACCAUUACUCAUUCAACAUCCAUGUCUUCUCUGCAUCCUCCUCCUCCAAAUGCAAACAUUAAGCACCAAUCACCUAUUGCAGAAGCUGCUGUUUCAUCAGAGCAAAUGGUCCAAGUUAAGAUGGUUAAUGGUCGCAUGAUGAUGAAAAUUGAAAAUGGCCAAUAUGUAGAUAUGCAGGAGUGGGCCGAUCGCGCAAAUACUGUGUCUGAGGUUAACCACCAGUCGGCUACACAUCCGAGUUACUCGAUACAUAUGCCCUCGUCACCAACGCACUCGCAUGCUUCUUUGCAUACAGAAACCGGACUCAAAAAGAAGCCGCAACCAUCCACUGAACCUAAACAGCCGCAACGGGCUGUUACCGCUACCGUUACUAACGACGACCUUACAAAAAAGCCUGUUGCUCCACAUUCGGUCUCAACCCCCGAUUUGGCCUCGCAGAUUGUUGUUCCCUCUGUGACGACCAUCCCCAGCUCCGUUUCCACACCAUCAUUUGGUGUUGCUUCCAUCUUCCAGCCUUGGCUUAGAUCAUCUUAUAACGCUGGUGCAACACCUGUUAUUCCCAAGGAUGAGGUUGACAACUCGUUAGUGGUUUCUAAAAAAUCUCAAAAACAAAUUGCAGAUAAAAACCAGCCACAACCUAUGUCAACACUGGAUUUUCUGAGGCAGAACGCGCCUGGUUUAGGUCUGAGUACAAUUCCCGAAUCACGUUCUUCGCAGCCUCAACACCCGCCUCCUGUACUACUUAAGAAUGACACUAGCGUGUUUAAGCAAAAACAGCUUCCCGUUGCUCCAAGCGCGGCUUCUACUCCUGCAAUUAAUACUUCAGUAGUUGCAAAUGGUGACAAAUCUUGGAUCAAGGGUAUGAUUGGGAACGCUGAAAUGCAAUUCCCUAAAAAUUAUACAAAUGAGAUGGGAUUUUAG